AUGCCAAUCAUCGUUAAGGGUGCGAAGCUCACUGAUGAGUUUAUGGCCUCCAUAAAGGAGGUCGCGGGGAAUGUCAGGGAGCUCUUUUCUCGAAAGUUCCUCUCCAAUGUCCGCGAGACUGAGAAGGGUGUUGAGAUACCUUGCGGGUACCAUAAGUUCUUCUCCGCCAUUCAGGAGAAGCAUUCUAACGCUGAGCUAGUUUCCCCAGACCAGAUUGUCCUGCGCCAGGUCUUUGUCGAGCGCAACAAGGCUUUCUUCGCUAGGUUCAAGGAGCAGAACGCGGACUACCUCAAGUCGGACAAAAACGCUCUCCUUGUGGUUAGCUCCGCACCGGAUGGAAUCAUAGACUCAGAGAAGGUCAUCGCUUUCUUGACCAAGACGUUCUCGAAGAUCACGCCAGCCAAGGAUCACAAGUUUAAAAUCACUGCAAAGUACCAGGUGUUGGAUGCCAUUCGCGAGAAGGUCGAGGCGGACGCCCUCAAGGACGGCAGCGGUGCAUCGGUGAAGGACAGGUGCGCGAUGAUGGCUAUUCGAUUUGUCGAGGGGCGUGCGCCGCAGAGAGGCACGAGGGUGGCCGUCGUUGUCCCGGUUUCCGACGUUGAGAAGAUCUUCAACAGCCUCCUUGCUGACGGCUACUUUGAGCGCGUCCCAUCUAUCAAGUUUAUCAACUUAGAAGAGCGUCGCAAGCGUGCCCAGGAGCGUCGCGAGAGGUUAGACUCUGCAGGCGAUGGGUCUGCUGCAAGCGACAAGAAGAAGAAGCCCAGUGAGGCGGCAGGUCGCGCAAAGGACAAGGCUGGAACUGAUAAGGCUGAUCAGUCAGGGUCACAAUCUCGAAGGGGAGCUCAGGGUGACAAACAGAGCUCCACGAAGAAGCGCGCCGCUGAUGGAAAGAGGCUUCCAAGCUUCCUGAAGGUCGCGAAUGUCCCCAGUGGUGUCACUUUCGACGACAUUAAGGGAAGCCUCAACGAGAAUGAGCAUGCAAGUAUUCUGAAGGCUAUCGCGGAGUCCCACCUGCAGAGACCCAGGCGUCCCGAUUCCUCUGUGAUAUCGUUCUUCUGCACGGAGGAGAACGGGAAGAUUCUCAUGGAAGCAUUUAGCAAUAUGGACAUCGAUGGGUCUAAGCUUUCUGUGACACUCGAAGAGGCAAGGUAA